CCCCCACCUGCCUCCGCCUCCGCCCCCCCUCACCCCCGUCCCAAGGGGCGUAGGAGUUUAAGACAGCAUCCCCGCUUACAUAUUUCCUCGCAUCCUCUCCGGCUCUUAUCUCUAUACAUAGGCUCUCCUCUGAGAAUAGCGACUGGGUCUGGCUGCCGCCGCCGCCGCUAAUUUUGUUACUUUGACACUCGCACUCCCGUUGCUGCCACCGCACCUACGGCGAGCACUCUCGCCCUCGCCAUCCGCAGCGGCACCCAUGGCCGAGCCGUCGCUCCUCCCGUCCCUCGCGGCCGCCGGCCUCGUCCCGGGCGCCGGGCUCCUCGCGGACCUGAUCCCGGCGACGUUUGCGCCGACGACGCGCCUCGACGUCGUCUUCGCCUCGCCGCCCUCCGGCGAGGCCGCCGCCGUCGACCUGGGCGCGACCCUCUUCCGCUCGCGGCAGUGCGCGCGCCCGCCGCGCGUCUCGUUCGCGCCCGAGGGCGGGGACCCCGGCCCCGCGACGUACCUGCUCGUCAUGGCGGACCCCGAUGCCCCCACCCCCGACGACCCCAAGUUCGCCUUCUGGCGCCACUAUGUGGUGCGCGGCCUGCGGGCCGCCGCCGCCGCCGCCGUGGACGACGACGACGACGACGAGACGCAGGUGCUGACGGAGUACCUGGGCCCCGGCCCGAAGGAGGACUCGAAGCCCCACUGCUACCUCUCCCUCCUGUACCGGGAGCCGCCGGGGGGGCUGCGGGGGCUGGCGCGCGCUGACGUCGGCGGCGACGCCUUCGUCGAGCGCCGCAGCUUCGCGCCUGCGGCGUUCGCGGCCCGCCACGGCCUCGUGCUCGUCGCGGCGAACUGGAUGCGGUGCGCGGCCGACAGGUGGACGGAGUGAGGGUAUAGGGUGAGGGGGGAGCGUUCUGAGGAGGAGGAGUUGGUUCGGAGAGGGGGCCGCGCGAGGCGGGUGGUGCGAUGGCCCGCUGUGCUACGGAGUAUGCGCUCCUCGACUGACUGGGUAGAUGGAU